AUGCAAGGAGAAGGCAAGGAGAAGAAGGCAAUGAGAAGGCAAGGAGAAGAAGGCAAUGAGAAGUUAAGAAAGCACAAUGGUGUCAUCCUCAAACCUUACACUGGAGCAGCAGGUGGUGAUUUCAACCUUCGGUGCAACAAAAUUCAUCUGUAUGAGGCUUGGCCUUUAGUGCCCGGCAAAGUGCCCGGCAAAGUGCCCGGCAAAGUGCCCGGCAAAGUGCCCGGCAAAGUGCCCGGCAAAGUGCCCGGCAAAGUGCCCGGCAAAGUGCCCGGCAAAGUGCCCGGCAAAGUGCCCGGCAAAGUGCCCGGCAAAGUGCCCGGCAAAGUGCCCGGCAAAGUGCCCGGCAAAGUGCCCGGCAAAGUGCCCGGCAAAGUGCCCGGCAAAGUGCCCGGCAAAGUGCCCGGCAAAGUGCCCGGCAAAGUGCCCGGCAAAGUGCCCGGCAAAGUGCCCGGCAAAGUGCCCGGCAAAGUGCCCGGCAAAGUGCCCGGCAAAGUGCCCGGCAAAGUGCCCGGCAAAGUGCCCGGCAAAGUGCCCGGCAAAGUGCCCGGCAAAGUGCCCGGCAAAGUGCCCGGCAAAGUGCCCGGCAAAGUGCCCGGCAAAGUGCCCGGCAAAGUGCCCGGCAAAGUGCCCGGCAAAGUGCCCGGCAAAGUGCCCGGCAAAGUGCCCGGCAAAGUGCCCGGCAAAGUGCCCGGCAAAGUGCCCGGCAAAGUGCCCGGCAAAGUGCCCGGCAAAGUGCCCGGCAAAGUGCCCGGCAAAGUGCCCGGCAAAGUGCCCGGCAAAGUGCCCGGCAAAGUGCCCGGCAAAGUGAGAGGAAAAGAGAAGGUGAGAGGAAAAGAGAAGGUGAGAGGAAAAGAGAAGGUGAGAGGAAAAGAGAAGGUGAGAGGAAAAGAGAAGGUGAGAGGAAAAGAGAAGGUGAGAGGAAAAGAGAAGGUGAGAGGAAAAGAGAAGGUGAGAGGAAAAGAGAAGGUGAGAGGAAAAGAGAAGGUGAGAGGAAAAGAGAAGGUGAGAGGAAAAGAGAAGGUGAGAGGAAAAGAGAAGGUGAGAGGAAAAGAGAAGGUGAGAGGAAAAGAGAAGGUGAGAGGAAAAGAGAAGGUGAGAGGAAAAGAGAAGGUGAGAGGAAAAGAGAAGGUGAGAGGAAAAGAGAAGGUGAGAGGAAAAGAGAAGGUGAGAGGAAAAGAGAAGGUGAGAGGAAAAGAGAAGGUGAGAGGAAAAGAGAAGGUGAGAGGAAAAGAGAAGGUGAGAGGAAAAGAGAAGGUGAGAGGAAAAGAGAAGGUGAGAGGAAAAGAGAAGGUGAGAGGAAAAGAGAAGGUGAGAGGAAAAGAGAAGGUGAGAGGAAAAGAGAAGGUGAGAGGAAAAGAGAAGGGGAAAGGAAAAGAGAAGGGGAAAGGAAAAGAGAAGGGGAAAGGAAAAGAGAAGGGGAAAGGAAAAGAGAAGGGGAAAGGAAAAGAGAAGGGGAAAGGAAAAGAGAAGGGGAAAUGA